AGUUUGUUGGGCUGAGGCAGAAGGUUUUUUUCUUCUUCUUAUGUUUUGUGUGCAUGUGUUUUGAACAGGGGGAGGGAGGGGAGACAACACCCAGGAACACCUGACCAACAACAUUUCAUGAAGAUAUGUGGAGACUUAGGAGCUGAUCUCCUCCUCCAGCUUUUGCCCAGCUGUUCUAUCUGUUGUUGUUUUUUUGUUGUUUUUUUGUUUUUUUUCUAUCGUCACACCUGGAAUGCUUAACGUGGACUGAUGGAUGUUUCCGAACUGUGCAUCCCCGACCCUCUUUGCUACCACAACCAGUUGCUAACCAGAAUGCCCUCUGAGGACCGGCACUUAUCCUCGAGCUGUGGUUCUUACGUCAAAACCGAGCCGUCCAGUCCGUCCUCCUCGCUCGUCGACACCGGCAGCCACCACAGUCCCAGCGGCAACUCCGACGCCAGCGGCGGCUACAUCAACGGCGGCAGUGGGCGCUCACACGCCCUGGACUCCCCGCCAAUGUUCAACCCGGGCAUGCUGGGAGGCGCCAGCGCCUGCUUACGGCGCUACGAGGAGUGCUCCGGCGGCAUGGCAGACGACUCGCCAAUCAAGUGCGAGUACAUGCUCAACGCCAUUCCCAAGAGGCUGUGCCUGGUGUGCGGCGACAUCGCCUCGGGGUACCACUACGGGGUGGCCUCCUGCGAGGCCUGCAAAGCCUUUUUCAAAAGGACGAUACAAGGGAACAUCGAGUACAGCUGUCCGGCCACCAACGAGUGCGAGAUCACCAAGAGGAGACGAAAGUCCUGCCAGGCCUGCCGCUUCAUGAAAUGUCUUAAAGUUGGCAUGUUGAAAGAAGGUGUGCGUCUGGACCGGGUCAGAGGGGGCAGACAGAAGUACAAACGGAGGCUGGACGCAGAGAACGGCUCCUACCUCGGCCUCACCAUCCCCCCUCCAGCCAAAAAGCCAUUGACAAAGAUUGUUUCCCAUCUGUUGGUGGUGGAGCCAGAGAAGAUCUAUGCCAUGCCCGACCCCACCAUGCCCGACGGAGACAUCAAGGCCCUGACCACGCUGUGCGACUUGGCCGACCGCGAGCUGGUGGUCAUCAUCGGCUGGGCCAAACACAUCCCAGGUUUCUCCACGCUCUCGCUGGCCGACCAGAUGAGUCUACUGCAGAGCGCCUGGAUGGAGAUCCUGGUGCUGAGCAUCGUGUUCCGCUCGCUGCCCUGCGAGGACGAGAUCGUGUACGCCGAGGACUACGUGGUGGACGAGGAGCAGGCGAGGAUCUCGGGCCUGCUGGACCUUCACGUCGCUAUCCUGCCGCUGGUCCGACGCUACAAGAAGCUGCGCAUGGAGAAGGAGGAGUUUGUCACGCUCAAGGCCAUCGCGCUCGCCAACUCGGACUCCAUGCACAUAGAGAACAUCGAGGCGGUCCAGAGGCUCCAGGACUCCCUACACGAGGCUCUGCAGGACUUCGAGGGCUCCCAGCACCCGGAGGACCCCCGGCGGGCGGGCAAGCUGCUCAUGACCCUGCCGCUGCUCCGUCAGACCGCCACCAAGGCCGUGCAGCACUUCUACAGCAUCAAAAUGCAGGGCAAGGUGCCCAUGCACAAACUAUUCCUCGAGAUGCUGGAGGCCAAGGCUUGACACGCGAGCCGGACGUUUGACGGACAGCUGCAUCACCCAAUCGGAGGCGAGGGACAGCCGCAAUAAAGAAUUAAAAGGUGGUGUGCCAACUGACGGUGGAGGGAUGAAGCUCGGACUGCUGAGUCGUUUUAACACUUUUAAAACAGUAAUGAGAGAAAUAAACGGGGGACUUGAAAUAGUUUUGAAAAAGGGUGACUAUCAACUUGUUUGACGUGGGAUCACGAUGAUGUAUAUAAAGAAGUUGUGUACAGAAAUCAAGCGGCCGCGGUCUUGUUAUAUAACCAGAGACCCGCUGCUCUAUAUCACCUGAAGCUUCUGUGAAUUCGUUUCUUAUCUUAUUUUCAUCUCAAACAUGGAAGUGUGGUAAUAUAAAUGUCCUAAAGAACUGUACAAUUGCGUAGCCACAUGAUGUGUUCUUUCUUUCUUUAUCUCAUAUUUUCUAAUCUCAGUUGUUGAAGCAAUAGUCUCUAACUGGUCGACAUAUAAUACG